AUGAAAACCUUGCCCACUUGGGUGGACACUGUUUAUGAUAGCAAUAAACAAGAGCAGUGUGUGUGGAAUUUAUGUUUUAGUCCUGAUGGUCAGCGACUGGUUGUGGCUGCAGGAACCAGGGUUCAUGUCUAUGAUGCCAAUGAUGGGUCUAUAAUCCAGUCACUGAAGGGUCACAAAGAAACAGUUUACUGUGUUGCUUACGCUAAAGAUGGGCAAAGAUUUGCAUCUGGCUCAGCAGACAAAAGUGUCAUCAUUUGGACAAAUAAAUUAGAAGGGAUUCUGAAAUACACACAUAAUGAUGCAAUCCAGUGCCUUGCUUACAAUCCGGUCAGCCAUCAGUUGGUCAGUUGUGCGGUCACUGACUUUGGUCUGUGGUCACCAGAACAGAAGGCAGUGUCCAAACACAAAGUCAGCAGUCGUAUCACCUGCUGCAGCUGGACCAAUGAUGGACAGUACCUGGCAGUGGGUUUGUACAAUGGUUUGGUCAGCAUCAGAAACAAGUCAGGAGAAGAAAAGGUUAAAAUUGAGCGACCCCAGGCCAACAUGGCCCCUGUUUGGUCCCUGUCGUGGAAUCCAAACAGGGAUGAGCAGUCUGAUAUCCUAGCUGUUGCAGAUUGGGGCCAGAGACUGUCAUUUUAUCAACUGUCUGGGAAACAGAUUGGAAAAGAUCGUCUACUGGGAUAUGACCCGUGCUGUCUGAGCUGGUUCUCAAAAGGAGAGUACAUUGUUGUUGGUGGAGCAAACAAGCAGUGCUGCCUGUACACAAAGGAAGGAGUUAAGCUGGGAGCCAUUGGCGAGCCAUCAGGCUGGGUAUGGUGCUGUGCUGUGAAACCAGACUCAAACUAUGUGGCUGUAGGAAGCAAUGAUGGGACAGUAGCCAUCUAUCACUUGAUGUUCAGUACAGUUCAUGGCCUGUACAGAGACAGAUACGCGUACCGGGACAGCAUGACUGACAUUAUUAUUCAACAUCUUAUCACUGAUCAGAAAGUUCGGAUCAAGUGCCGUGAUCUGGUGAAAAAAAUUGCCAUCUACAAGAACAGACUCGCUGUGCAGCUGCCAGAUCGGAUCAUCAUCUAUGAAUUGUAUUCAGAUGAUACUGCAGACAUGCAUUACCGUGUGAAAGAGAAGAUCCACAAAGAGUUUGAGUGUAACCUUCUGGUAGUUUGCUCACAGCACAUCAUUCUGUGUCAGGAGAAGCGCUUGCAGUGUUUUUCCUUCUCUGGUGACAAAGAGAGAGAGUGGGUGAUGGAAUCAAUCAUCCGCUACAUCAAAGUUAUUGGUGGGCCUCCAGGAAAGGAAGGACUCCUAGUUGGACUCAAAAAUGGCCAGAUCCUGAAGAUUUUUGCCGACAAUGCUUUCCCCAUCCUGCUGCUAAAACAAAGUACUUCAGUGAGGUGCCUGGACUUGAGUGCCACCCGCAAUAAGCUGGCUGUAGUGGAUGAUCAGAGCACCUUGCUUGUCUAUGAACUCGUAACGAAAGAACUUCUUUUCCAGGAGAGGGGAGCGGUUAGCGUAGCCUGGAAUUCCCAGUACGAAGACAUGCUUUGUUUCUCUGGCAAUGGCAUGCUCAGCAUCAAGGCAGGAAACUUUCCUGUGCAUCAACAAAAGCUGCAGGGCUUUGUGGUUGGUUUCAAUGGUUCAAAGAUAUUCUGCCUUCAUGUAUAUGCAAUGACGUCUGUGGAUGUGCCCCAGUCAGCCCCAAUGUACCAAUACCUAGAAAAGAAAAUGUUUCAAGAUGCAUACAAAGUGGCAUGUUUGGGUGUCACUGAGGGUGACUGGGAGGCCCUGGCUCAUGAUGCUCUUGAAGGUUUAGAUUUUGAGACGGCCAAGAAGUCAUUCAUUAGAGUCAAAGACCUGCGUUACCUGGAGCUGAUACAUUCGAUAGAGGAACGUAGACGUCGAGGAGAGCAAGACAACAUGGUGUUCCUAGCAGACGUGUAUGCAUAUCAGGGCAAGUUCCAAGAGGCUGCCAAGUUGUACAAAAAGUCAAAUCAAGAGCAGAAGGCACUGAAUAUGUACACAGAUCUCCGAAUGUUUGAACAGGCCAAGGAGUUCCUUGGGGCAGGUGAUGCGCUGGACAAGAAACUUCUAAUCACCAAACAGGCAGACUGGGCCAAGAAUAGCAACGAACCACGAGCUGCUGCUGAGAUGUACAUUUCUGCUGGAGAGUAUAUGAAAGCCAUUGACAUCAUAGGAGACCAUGGCUGGCCUGAUAUGAUGAUAGAUCUGGCUCGCAAGAUAGACAAAGCUGACAGAGAAGCUUUAACCCGAGCUGCCCAUUACCUGGCCAAGAUGGAGCAGUAUGAGUAUGCAGCUGAAGUUUAUAACAAAAUGGGAGAUCACAAGGCAUUGAUAGCCAUGAGAGUAGAAGCCAAACAUUGGGAUGAUGCAUUUGCAAUAGUAGAGAAAUACCCAGAGUACAAGACUGAAGUUUAUGUGCCCUAUGCUCAGUGGUUGGCAGAGAAGGACAGGUUCGAAGAAGCCCAGCAAGCAUUCCACAAGGCUGGACUUCAAGCAGAAGCAGUCAAAGUAUUAGAGCAGCUUACCCACAAUGCAGUAGCAGAAUCUAGAUUUGAUGAUGCAGGGUAUUAUUUCUGGAAGCUCUCCAUUCAGUGCCUGGAUAUUGCAAGAGAAGAGUCUGAUAAAAGGCAAGACAUGCUGCAAAAGUUCCAAGAUUUUCAAAAGAAAGCAGAAUUGUACUAUAUUUACCAUACCAUUUACAGACACGUGGUGGAGCCAUUUACCAGUGUACUGCCUGAAGGCCUGUUCAACAUGUCUCGCUAUCUUCUACACAACAUUGAAGAAGAAGCGUGCUAUGGCAUUUCAAAAUCAUAUCCUUUCCUGCAUGGGAUUAAAAAACCAGUCAAAAAUCUGGGAGCAUACAAACUGGCACGAACAGCAUAUGAAAAACUCAGGCUGUUGCAAAUUUCUCAACGGUUCCAAGAUACUGUAGACCUCGGCUCCUUAACAAUCAGGUCCAAGCCCUUCCAUGAUGCAGAUGAACUUCUGCCCAUGUGCUAUCGCUGUUCUACAACCAAUCCCUUACUGAAUAAAACAGGAAAUAAAUGUGUCAACUGCAAGCAGCCAUUCGUGCAUUCCUUUGUUAACUUUGAGAUUUUGCCAUUGGUAGAAUUUGUGCUGGAAGAUGGACUGACAGAUGAAGAGGCCGUUCAUAUUUUGGAUAUGUCGAUUCCUAAACAGAAAAAGAAAGGGCUCUGGUCUGAAACUAAAAUGGGCACUUUUCAGUCGCUACGUUUAGGUGAUGAACAGACAGAAGAUGAAGAUCCAUUUGCAGCCAGUAUACGGUCAACUAGUGAUAACCUUGAGUUCACACCUGUAGUCGUCAGCAGAGCAACACUGAAAUCACUGUCGAGGUCAGAAGUGUAUGUGCUUAAGUGGCCAAGACCAUUGAGAUACCAGUUCUUUAAAACACUACUGCCAGAUGUGCCAGUCACAUUCUGUUCCACAUGUAACAAGCUUUUCCACACAGAUGACUUUGAACAGCAGUACCUUCAGCGUGGCCACUGCCCGUUCUGCCGAUCCAAAUAUGAUGACUGA